AUGAAGGCCGGUUCCUUUGGCAUCCUCACCAUCAUCCACGCCCUUCUGGCGCUGUUCCUCAUCAUUGAGCUCGGUCUCGUCAGCUAUGUUGUCGACAUCACUUGGCGCUGGUCCGCCGUCCAGUUCCUCCUUUUCACCGUCGUAUGGUCCAUCCUUGUCCUCGUUUAUGUCGUCUUCGCGCCCGCCUUCCUCCCAAGAGCUCACAUCCCCAUCGCUGUCCUCGCCGUUCUGGGAAUCACCAUGAUCUUCUGGUUCGCCGGUGCCACAGCUGUCGCCGCCGAUAUUGGUGUUCCCGACUGCAUGGGCAACCGUUCAUGCCAGGUUACCCAGGCCUCUGUCGCCUUCGCAUACUUCAUCUGGGCGGGAUUCCUCGGUCUCUUCGGUCUCGAGGCCAUGGCUUACUGGAAGUCCAGGGGACCUGCCGCCAAUGCCGAUAAGGUCUAG